GUUGUACUGAUAAAAACAAAUCAGUUUGCGUAGCCACAAUUUACAAGGAAGAGUUUGUCAACAACAGCAACGCCUCCACCGAUUCAUUUAUUCAUUCCAUUUAUUUCAUUAUUAAUAAUUUCCACCACAUCCCCACUCCCACCGCACCUCCUCCUUCAAUCUUUUCAAUUGUUUUCUUUUUCUUUUUCAUCAUCGCUUCCGCUUUUCUAUUCCAUCUGAACGCUUUCUUAAGGAUCCUUUUGUGCGUGCACUGAAUCAAAAAGUUUGUUUUCAGUAUAUUGCUGCGAAACGCCCGAGUCUUCAGUCUUCUUCAAUUUGAAGAUUCAAGAUUUUUGUCCAAGUCUCCAAGCUUUUGCAGUACAACCAAGCCUUCUUCAAUCUCCAGUCAAAGAAUCAUCCAGUGGAGUAAUUUAGCAACCAUUGCAAGCCAUAUAAUUUAGAGUAAACUAGUUUCAGUACUAGAGAAAAUGUUGGGAGGCAAUAGUGGCAAUCCUGUUCUUCCAGUUUUCCUGGAUGAGAAUCGUUUUCAGUAUCAGACAAAUGAAUCGAAUCAACUGCAGUUAUUUGGAAAUUUACCGGUUGGGUAUAACAUCAAUCCAGUAAAUUAUGUUGGAAAUGAGCAUAUUACUCAUAUGCUUCGGCCCAAUAAACGAGGCAGGGAAAUGGAAGAUUUCUCUAGGCAGCAGAAGUUGCAGAUAUCCUUGAAUUCAAACAUCUGCCAAGAUGAAGCUGAUCGUUCUGCAAGUAUUCCGAAGCCAAACCCUGUAUCAACAGGGUUAAAGCUAUCAUAUGAUGAUGAUGAACGUAACUCAUCUGUAACUUCUGCAAGUGGUAGUUUGAAUGCUGCACCACGAAUCAUCUUGUCUCUUGGUGACAAUAUUAGGACUGAGCUUGAUCGUCAGAAUGAAGAAUUUGACCAGUAUAUCAAAAUUCAGGAAGAAAACUUAGCCAAGGGGGUUAGGGACUUGAAGCAGAGACACGUGGCUUCAUUCCUUUCAGCUAUAGAGAAAAGUGUGGGUAAGAAACUGCAAGAGAAAGACUUAGAGAUAGAAAGCAUGAAUCGCAAGAAUAGGGAACUGAUCGAGAAAAUAAAGCAGGUGGCUUCAGAAGCCCAAAAUUGGCACUACAGAGCCAAGUACAAUGAGUCUGUUAUUAAUUUACUAAAGAACAACCUGCAGCAGGCAAUUUCACAGGGAGCUGACCAAGGGAAGGAAGGAUUCGGAGACAAUGAAGCUGAUGAUGCCACAUCAUACAUUGAUCCAAACAACUAUCUAAGCAUUCCCCGUGGAUCUUCAAAAUCAGGUUCCGGGAAUCAGCACAUGACUUGCAGAGCCUGCAAGACAAGGGAAGUCUCUAUUUUGUUGUUGCCCUGUAGGCACCUUUGUUUAUGUAAAGAUUGUGAUGGGUUAGUCAAUGUUUGUCCUAUCUGCCAGUUUGUGAAAAAUGCUAGUGUCCCUGUCUACUUGUCCUAAAUGAUGAAGCAAAUUACUCGAAAAUGAAAAAUUACUUGCAUGAGAGGUGGCACUGUCUUGGAACUAUGAAUUGUAAAAAAGAUUUUUAAAAAAUGGAAUUUGGUUAAUUUCUCUUUGUA